GGAAAUGAGCUUUAAAUGAAAGCUCUUGCCGCCGCAGUACUUCACUUUCAACUUUGUUAUUACCUAGCAACACAGUUUAUUUAAUUUGUAAAAAAAAAAAAAUAAUAAUCGAUCAAACAAAGCACGAAAAAUAACGUUAUAUUUUAAGUCGCAGUGAAAGAUUUUAUAAAUUAAAUAGCAAUGUCCAAUUUUGUAUAUCCGGAAGAACUCUCAUAUUUUAUUGAAAGCAUACGCCCAUUUCAAUUGGUCGAUAUUGGUAGCUCAAAAUGGUUAGACGUUCAUGAGAUGAUAAUAAAAUUAAGUCAACAGGCAAUACUCGAAGCAUGCGAGCAUCGUGAAGAGGAGGUUAAGGAAUUCCUUAUAUCGCGUGACAAACUGAAGGUUCUUAUACAUGAAGCGUACGGUGUAUUUUUAUGGAAAACGCGAGUUUUACCACAUCUAAUAGAGAUUGAUCCCAAUCCUCAAGCAACCUUCCUUAUUUAUACAGUGCUUUUCCAUGAAGGCGCUGUAAUUUCGCUAUUAGAUACGGCUCUAUUUCAUUUAAGCGCGUGUGAGGCUUUGCAGGAUUCGGCAAUUGAUUUGGUCGAUUAUUGUGCACUGGCAGUUGCGCAAGUGGUCGGUUUAGUUAGCAUGGGUUACAACGAAAACCAGUCUAAGGUUGACGUUGAUGAGGCAGUUUUAUCAGAAUUAGAACGUCAAAAACGCGAUUUGAUAUUUAAGAUUGGUAUGCGUUGUAUUUCCAUUCUAUGCUAUCUGGCAGAGCACGCUGAUGCGAUACCGUUAAGCGCUUCACGUCGAAUGAUCGUAACACAUGAUGUUCCCUGGUUAAUGGCUGAUGUACUACAAUUUCGACCGUGGCAACGGCGUACCAAUAAAGGCAUCCAACGUUUUAUAGAUGAAAAGUGGGUAGCAGUAGAGGCGACGGAAGUUACGAAGAUAUGCAAACAUGAGGCACAAUGUUGGUUUUGCAUGCGACAAUUACUAUUCAACCAGUCAUUAACGAUAUCGUAUGAAAUGAACGAGGAACGCAGAAAGCAUCUAUCUAAAUGUCAAGCUUUACUUCAAGAAACAAUACUAGACCAACUGCCACCUUUAGUAGAACUUAAGCAGUAUCUUUGUCACUUAAGUGUGUCUGGUAACCCGAGCGAGGUGAAACUAAAAUCCAAUUUAGUACUCGAAGAAUUACCGGAAAUACGAGAGAAACUUAUAGCUGAGGUGGAACAAAUUGGUGGUUUUCCAGUUGUAGCACAAAAACAAGAAGAAAUAUUUUUAUUCAAUGAUAAGAAUAAAAUUAUAGAAAUAGCAAAACGUUUAAACGCAGCGUAUAAUACGGAUUUGUUGGCCGAAAUCGAAGGUAAAGCUGCAGAAUCAGAAAAAGCAAACACCGCUAAAAAUGAUGUCGGCACCAAUAAAUGCAGAAAAUGCUCUACUAACGCUGUAAAGAAAUGUGCCAAUUGCAAAACUACUUAUUAUUGUUCCAGGAUAUGUCAACUAGACGACUGGGCGGAUCAUAAAAACAUUUGUAAACAAAACUAAGCACACCACGCGGAAAAUAUUCACCCACUCAAAAUGUAUUCAUAUUCUAUAAAAGAUUUGUUAUUUCACUUUGUAUUUUUUAUUUAUAAAAGAACUUCAGCUGAAUAAAAACAACACGGUUCUUGUAA